UUACUAGAAAAUGAGGCGAAAAAACGUGAAGAACUCAGUGAGGAACGAAAGAAAUGGAUGGAACAACUGCACGAAAAAGAACGAGAGUUGGAGGAAGCUAGAAGUAGCUCGGAAGGAGAAGAAAAAAUCAAUCAUCUCGCCGCUGAGAACGUGCGCUUAGCUAGUGAGGUUUUGAAAGCACAUUCACAAGCUGAAAAAACUCUCCAGGCUGAAAAGGAUCUCAUCACCAAACAGUUCACUGAGAAGCUAAAAACUGCCCAGAAUGAGAGAGACAAACUAGCCACCGAUAUGGAAGCUCUACGGGCUAAAAUGCGGGUAAUGGAGUCAAGAAUUGAAGAUCAAAAAUCGUCAAUUGAACAAGCCGAAAAAAUUAGAAAAGAUGAGGUAGCAUCCGUCCAAGCUGAACUUGAUGCAGUCCGGAAGGAAAAAGCGAAAUUAAAAGAGGAAAUGGAAAACCUUCGCAGUAAUAACAAUGGAAAUCCGGUACCACCACCUCGAAGAACCAUAUCGAAUAUGUCCACCUAUACAUAUAACACGCAAACGGACUUCAGCGAAAUUGAGGAUGUACAUCGAUUGAGGAGCGAGAUCGAUAAGUAUGUUUUGUGUGUGGGCUUUUGUUUUGUUUUCUGA